AUGGCAAGUGAAGCUGUUAACGGCAACAUUACAGCUGAUACCAUUACUGUCAAAUGGGAUGUUAAAGGAGGAGCGGAUCGGACUGAGCACCCAGAAAUCGGCGAAAACCGUGUACUCGCGGGUACUCCCAAUAUCCAGGGUAUUACCAUUACAAGUGAUGUCGACGUUACGGUGCAUUGCUGGUCUGCCUCCACUACAAGUGGUGACCCAACUGAGUCGAUUGAUGGGCCGACUGGGGGCAAAGAAAAACUCAACCCUACUAGGAUCGGGUCGUACCGCGUUGAGCUCCGUUAA